GAGCAGAGGUCCCUUCGAUCUUCGAAGGGGCCUCUACUCUGCUCGCAGGGUACGUAGACGGGUGCAUCGAGCGCAAGAUCCAGGUAAAUAUGUCAUAUAUGUCCCCACGAAAUGUCUUGACCGGUUUCAACAUGGAGUCACGACACCUCUUUGCGCAGUUUCUUCUCUCCAGUUCAGUGGCAGUACUUUUGCUUGUUGCCCGCGUAAGUGCAACUGCAUCACCUCCACACUUAUUGUUUGUUGUAGUCGACGACUUAGGCUGGAGUGAUGUUGGAUUUCACGGCUCAAAAAUCCAAACUCCAAACAUUGACAAGCUGGCUUCGGAAGGAGUCGUGCUCGACAACUAUUACGUUCUUCCGAUUUGUACUCCUACAAGAAGCGCUUUGAUGUCAGGAAGGUAUCCCAUCCAUACUGGUUUGCAGCAUCAGGUACUGACUCCAGAAAGCCCUUAUGGAUUACCGCUCAACUUUACCAUUUUACCCCAGAAACUCAAAGAAUCAGGUUAUGUAACUCAUAUGGUGGGUAAAUGGCACUUGGGUUAUACCAAAUGGGACUACACUCCUACAUAUCGUGGGUUUGAUACAUUUUAUGGCUAUUACAAUGGAGCAGAAGACCACUACACUCAUAAGGUACUGAAGAUAUUAGACUUUCGAGACAACAAGGAACCAGUAAGAGAUCUGGAUGGGGAAUUUGGUACAUUUGCUUUUGCAGAGCGGGCAAAGGACAUCAUUAAGACUCACAAUGCAUCAAAACCCUUGUUCUUGUAUAUGGCAUUCCAAAAUGUCCAUGCACCUGACCAAGCACCCCAAAAGUAUACAGACAAAUACAGCUUUAUUGAGGAUAAAACUCGUAGAACAUAUGCUGGUAUGGUGGAUAUCAUGGAUGAAGCUGUCGGCAACAUCACAGAGGCCAUGAAGGAUGCUGGGCUGUGGGAGGACACCUUGAUGGUUUUGACAACUGAUAAUGGAGGAGUGCAUCGUUAUGGGGGAUACAACUUUCCUCUCCGUGGAGAGAAGCAUACGUUAUGGGAGGGAGGGGCGAGAGGCAUCAGUUUUGUUCAUGGGAACAUGCUUGGUAGAAGAGGAGUCAAAUGCAAAGAACUCCUGCAUGUUACAGACUGGUAUCCAACAUUGGUGAAACUUGUAGCAGGUGGCAGUCAAGAUCAGGCGCUACCACCACUAGAUGGCAUGGAUGUAUGGAACACCAUUUCCCACGGUGAGCCUUCACCGAGAAAGGAAAUACUUCUCAAUAUUGACUUGAAGAACACAACCAAAAGUGACUAUUUAAGCGUUUCCACUUAUGAUGGAAUUGCUUUGAGAACAAUCAAAAGUGGCGUUUUAAGCUUUCCUGAAUUUCAAGGAAUUGCUCUGAGAAUGGGUGACAUGAAGCUUCUUAUGAAUGUACCUUAUGAUACCUGGUAUAAACCUCCAGAACUUGGAGGAAAGUCAGGGAAGGAGCAAGGCAUACCACAAGAAGAACAUGGGCAGUUGGAUUGGUUAGGAACUGCAACCAAGGUCAAGGGACGCUCUAUGGGUGUUGCUUUGUACAAUAUCACUGCUGACCCAACAGAACGUGAAGACCUCAGCGAGAAGCUUCCAGAGGUGGUCAAGGCAUUACAAGAAAGAGUGGAGUACUACAUGAAGGGAGCAGUGCCGCCACUGAACACGCCACCUGAUCCUAAGGCUCGUCUUAAAGCAAAAUCGGAAGGUGUCUGGACUCCUUGGCAAGAUUAAAGGACCUUUUGGUUAAGAUGUAUGUUAAAAAGUUUUGACGGUGUUCAACUUUUAGGUACUGUGAUAUCUGUAGUUUAGACUUUAACAGUAGCACUCCAUUAAUGCAGUCACCAGCGGGCCAUGAAAAUUUGACAUUAUUAAUAGGGUGGCCGUAUUAACAAGGUAGGGUCAAAUGUCAUGAUCUAUUUUUAUUGACGCCGGGCUUAAAUACAUAUUACAAUUGCACUUUUAAACAACAGUUCUUUAAUAAGCAUUCAAUAUUUAUGCAGAUAUGAUGUUAAAAAACAUUGAAACUUCAAUUCGCCAUUACAUACAUUUAUAAUAAUAUAUAGUUUUAGCAAAGUCUAACAGUGGAGCUACUGAUAAAUACAAAAAGUCAGUCUAGCUUGAGGCUGCAAUCCAAUCAAAAACCAGAACCUGGGAAGCUGUCAACUUCAAAAACACGCGACCUCGAUGAACUCUAACACAUUUUUUGGAAUAGAAAUGAUGUUAGCAGCCAUAGACUCACCCUCUCUGAAGGCUCACUGAGGAUAAAAUGCCCUUGGUGGCUCAUGGGCCUUUUACAAGUGUCACUGAGGCACUAUGCCACAGAGGAGUCUUAUUUGAUCGUAAUUCCAGCUAAAUCCAGCUCUGUCAAGCAGUGGUCUAGGUUGUAGAAUAAGUUGGAUCAUAGAUGGCUGUGGGGUAUCUUAUAACUCGGCCUCAGAUGAUGAAAUAAGUUGACUGCUAGAGCGGUUUUCAAUUGAGUGUCGAAGGUAAUCAGGCAAUUACUUUGGUUUUGGUUUUACUACAGUUUGAGAUU